AUGGCUAGAGAAUGCCAGUCCAAGUUUUCGUGUCGGAAUUGUGGAGGUCGCCAUCAUACUCUGGUGUGUUUUAAGGGCAAGGACGGAGAAAUUUCGGAAUCUUCAAGGUCAGGUGAAACUAAUGGCACUUCUAAGAGUAAUCAGUUGAGAAAAGAAACAUCUUGUCAGGUUUCUAAUACAGCUUCAUCAUCAUGCUUGACAUCGGGUGUCGAGCGCAAAGCACAUUGUCGGGUUCUUCUUGCAACUGCCGUGGUUCUCUUAGAAGAUGAAAUGGGAAACAGAUAUCCAGCUCGAGCGCUGCUUGAUUCAGGGUCAGAAAGCAAUUUCAUGUCAGAAAGAUUGAGUCAGCGUUUGAAGAUGAGUCGGAAAAGGGUAGAUGUAGCGAUACUUGGUAUUGGUCGGACAUCUACUAGGGUUAAACACAAGGUUCAAGCAGUGGUGCGAUCGAGGGUGAACAAUUACUUUAAGGAAAUGGAAUUCCUGGUUCUACCCAAGGUAACUGUCGAUCUGCCAACUGCAACGGUUUCAACGAACGAAUGGUCCUUCCCAAAUGGUAUUGAGUUGGCUGAUCCAUCAUUUUUUGAGUCAAGGAUGGUGGAUUUGGUGUUGGGAAUCGAGUCGUUCUUUGAUUUCUUCGAAUCGGGAAAACGGAUUUCCAUCGGAGAUCAAUUACCAACGCUUACAGAGUCAGUUUUCGGUUGGGUCGUUUCUGGAGGUUUAUCGCAAGGGACAUCAGCACGGAUUGCUUGUAAUGUUUCAACAACAGAGUCUCUUGAAACGCUUGUUGCUCGGUUUUGGGCUUGUGAGGAGUUAGGUUCGGAAAACUUAUACUCACGAGAGGAAAGGCGUUGCGAGGAAGUUUUCCAGAAAACGAUACAGAGAGACAGCAAUGGAAGGUACACAGUUUCUCUUCCUAAGAAUGAGGAGGUUUUCCCUAAUUUAGGCGACUCAAGGGAAAUAGCGUUAAGGCGCUUGGGCGCAACUGAGCGCAGGUUAGCAAGGAAUUCGGAAUUGCGGGAGCUGUAUACCAAGUUCAUGGACAAAUAUAUACAGCUAGGGCACAUGAGAGAAGUGGUCGAAACGUCAAAUACUAAACGCUGUUUUUUGCCACACCAUCCGGUCGAGAAGGAGAGUAGUACGACCACUAAGUUGCGUGUAGUGUUCGACGCCUCAUGCAAAACUACAACAGGAAUUUCACUAAACGACGGAUUAUUAUCAGGUCCAGUAAUCCAGGAUGAUCUUCGGGCAAUUAUACUCCGCUGUCGCAUGUGUCAGAUUAUGGUCGUGGCGGACAUCGAGAAAAUGUUUCGACAAAUCAAUGUAGCACAUGAGGACCGUCCACUUCAGUCAAUCUUAUGGAGGAACUCACCAUCGGAACCAGUUAGAACGUUUGAGCUGAACACGGUAACGUACGGCACCAAACCAGCUCCGUUUUUAGCUACUCGCACCCUAAAGCAGUUGGCAUUAGACGAAGCAGAAAGAUUUCCCCUGGCAUCACGAGUAUUUUUGGAUGAUACGUACAUGGACGAUGUUGUAUCAGGUGCAGACGAUGCAACCGCAGCUCUCAAACUGAGAAUUCAGUUAGAUAAGGCUGCAAAAGCUGGAGGAUUUCGGUUACGAAAAUUCGCAUCAAAUUGUGCAGAAGUCCUACAAGGGCUAUCACAAGACAGUGUAGCUAUUGAAGAGUCUUCAGAUGGAUCGGAGAUAGAUCCUUCGAUGAAGAUACUUGGGCUCACAUGGUUACCGAAAUCUGAUGUCUUCAAGUACAACUUCAACAUCCCUGAUAUUCCAAAUUCCACGGUUUUAACAAAACGCAAGGUGCUGUCGGUAAUUGCAACGCUUUUCGACCCUUUAGGACUUCUCGGUGCUGCAAUAACAACUGCUAAAAUAUUUAUGCAGCAGUUGUGGACGUUACGGAACAGCGACGAUCAAAGGUUGGAUUGGGAUCAGCCGUUGCCUCCAACGGUGGGUGAGGAUUGGCUGAAAUAUUACGAACAACUGGUUUCACUCAACAACGUUCGGAUCGAGCGGUGCAACAUAAUUCCAAAGGCCAUUCACAAGGAAAUUCAUUGUUUUUCGGACGCUUCGGAGAAGGCGUAUGGUGGUUGCGUCUAUUUGAAAAGUGUCAACCCAAAUGGAGAGGUUAAGAUUUGUUUGUUGUCAGCUAAAUCGAGGGUAGCUCCGCUAGCAAGCCAGUCAAUUCCACGUUUAGAAUUGUGUGGGGCUUUGCUUACUGCCGAACUGUUCAAAUUCGUUCAGGAAUCCAUGAAGCUUGAAUGCCCAGUUAUCUUCUGGACAGAUUCCACAUGCGUGUGGCGAUGGUUACAGGCUGUUCCAUCUACUUGGACUACCUAUGUGGCAAAUCGAGUUGCCAAAAUACAACAACUAACGGAAGGUUUCGAAUGGAGACAUGUCCCAGGCGUCGACAACCCGGCAGAUCUGAUUUCUCGGGGCAUUCCACCUGCCGAAAUUGGUCACACUCGUUUAUGGUGGGAAGGUCCAGCCUGGUUAGCGCUAGAAAGGGAAAACUGGCCAGAACGACCAGAUAAUCACUUAGCAGAGAUGGGCGAGGAGGAGAAGCGUCGAACCACAGUAACAGCAUUGACAACAAACAUUACAGAGCAUGAGUCAGAUUUCAAUCGUUGGUUUUUUAGUUUGUAUUCGGAUUACACUAAAAUGGUCAGAUGUACAGCUUACUUGUUAAGGUUUAUGAAGCUGUUAAGGUCAAAGCGGCAGGUCAAAUUUCAACCUUUUCUACAGGCAGCUGAGAUGGAUGAAGCUGAAAGAGCUUUAGCGAUGUGUGUUCAGAAGGAGUGCUUUGCUGAGGAGUUAAAGGCUUUAUCUAAGGGUGAUUUUGUGUCAAGGCAAUCGAAACUGAGGUGGUUCAAUCCCAAAGUAUUCCCUGAUGGUUUGUUAAGGAUUGGUGGUAGAUUGAGCAAUUCGACCGAGUCAGAAGCAGCAAAACACCCUAUUGUCUUACCUGCACGUCACGAUCUUACUCGACUAAUCCUAGAACACUUUCACCGCCGAUUAUUGCACGCAGGUCCUCAGUUACUUUUAGCUACAGUAAGGUUGAAGUUUUGGCCCUUAGGUGGAAGAGGUGUAGCUCGUCAAGUUGUUCAAAAAUGCCACACAUGCUUCAAGGCUCGCCCGACGCCUAUUCAACAGUUCAUGGCAGAACUGCCGGUUUCACGCGUAACGGUUUCGCGUGCAUUCAGUAAGGCAGGUGUAGAUUAUUUUGGUCCAAUAUACAUUCGACCAGCUCCCAGACGUCCAGUAGUUAAGGCAUACGUGGCUAUUUUUGUAUGCAUGUCCACUAAAGCAGUACAUCUUGAGCUGGUGUCGGACCUAUCUACCGAAAGAUUUAUACAGGCCUUGCGUAGAUUUGUCGGAAGAAGAGGAAAAUGUGUUGAGCUCUUUUCAGAUAACGGUACGAAUUUUGUCGGAGCUAGAAAUCAAAUGUCAGAAUUGUUAAGUCUGUUGAAGAGUCAGAAUCAUCGAGAAAAGUUGUACAAGGAAUGUGGUAACGAUGGAAUUAAGUGGCAUUUCAAUCCCCCAAGCGCCCCACAUUUUGGUGGUUUGUGGGAGGCAGCGGUGCGUUCCGCUAAAAAACAUAUUUUGAGGGUUAUCGGGGAAAACCCUGUUAGUUCAGAAGAUUUUACGACGCUUCUCGUUCAGGUCGAAGCUUGUUUAAAUUCACGGCCCAUUACACCACUUUCAAACGAUCCUAAUGAUUUGGAACCAUUGACACCGGGUCAUUUUAUUAUCGGAGAGUCUUUACAGUCCAUGCCAGAUAAAACCUACGAACAAAUACCCGAUAACAGACUUGACCAAAUGCAACUGAUGUAG